UGACGCCGCGGUGCUGACGGUGGUAGGGCGCACGCUGAACGCCGGAACGGCAUACGGGCUACCGGGAGACGGGGAGAGCGCAGGGGCGCGGCGGGAACGGGAGCAGUGCGCUGAGGAGCGGGGCACCUCACCAACAGACACCAUGAUAACGUGCUGUGCGGCGUGCGACAAGCCCAUUCUGGACAAAUUCCUGAUGAAUGUUUUGGAGCGGACUUGGCACGCGGACUGUGUGCGGUGUUUCGACUGCCACGUCAACCUCACAGACAAGUGCUUCAGCCGGGAAGGCAAGCUGUUCUGCCGGGACGACUUCUUCAGGAGAUACGGCACCAAGUGUAACGGCUGUGGCCACGGCAUCUCACCACAAGACCUGGUGCGGAAGGCGCGCGAAAAGGUGUUCCACCUCAAAUGCUUCACCUGCCUGGUCUGUCGAAAACAGCUCUCCACCGGCGAGGAGCUGUACGUGCUCGAUGAGAACAGGUUCAUCUGCAAAGAGGAUUACAUCAGCGGCAAGAGUAUGCCAGCCGACUCUGUGAUCCACGGCGAGGACGAGGAGGAGGAAGAGGACUUCACCGCCGGCGGAGACGCCAUCAACACGCCCUCGCUGCCCGCCAUCGAGCUCGACGCGCCCGCCGUCAAGCUGGAGACCAACAACAACCUGGUGUCGACGCCGGUGUCGGCGCCGGCCGGCGGCGGCGACCCGCUCAGCGAGAAGGCGGCCUCGGUGGGCGCGCCCGACUCGGUGGUCGACUCGGACAAGCACGAGUCGGACCCGGGCUCGGACGCCGAGAUGGACGCCGCGCGGGACGCCCAGACCGACGGGAAGACGGCCGACGACGACAAGGUGGGCGGCAACAAGCGGCGCGGCCCGCGCACCACCAUCAAGGCCAAGCAGCUCGAGGUGCUCAAAGCGGCCUUCAACGCCACGCCCAAGCCGACGCGGCACAUCCGCGAGCAGCUGGCCAAGGAGACCGGCCUGCCCAUGAGGGUGAUCCAGGUGUGGUUCCAGAACAAACGCAGCAAGGAGCGCCGCAUGAAGCAGCUCUCCUCGAUGGGCAUGCGCGCGCACAUGUUCGGCAACCCGCGCAAGCUGCGCGGCAUGCGCAUGUCGCCCAGCAUGGACGAGUUCCCGUUCUACGCGGACGGCCAGUUCUACGGCCACCAGCCGUUCAACGAGUUCUUCCCGGGCGGGCCCAACCCGGGCAUGGGCUUCCCGCCGGGAGGUCCCGGCGUGCCCGUCUCGAUGGAGCAGCCGCUGCCGCCCGGCGGGCCGAUGGGCGACUUUGGCGGGAUGAACGGCAUCCCCAUGGAUCACCCCUUCAUGCCGCACGGCGACCUGAUGUCGCAGCGCUCCAGUCCCGACAGCGCCGGAAACCUGGUCAACGGCAUGCCGCCCGGCCCGCCGCCUCAGGGUCCCGGCAGCUUCACCGACCACCCGAGCAGCGAGGGCCUCGUCUGGUGACCCGUGCGCCAGUGAGCCGGCCGGCCACGGCCGUCAACACGGCGACACGCACAGUGCAAUGUAUUGUUAGCGCCGGCCGCGCUCCGGCCUCCCCUCCCUGGGGGCGCCCGCCGUGUCCGGCAGGCGCCCGCGGUCAGACGACGGCCCCCGAGGUCACACGACGGGGCCGGGCCGGCCGGCGGCACCGGUCCUCCGAGCAGGCGCUACAGGUGCAGCAUUUCUCCUCCGAGUGGCGCGUAGGUCCCAACGUGGGGAUGGCGUUGAUAUGUUGAAUUUGAGUGACAUGGUUGACUUGCUGAUCUUGCAAAACAGAAAAAUAUCCCUACAUCGGUUGACCUAUCUCAAAAUAGUAGAC